UAUUAUUCAUCUAUCUUUUGGAUUCUCCCAGGAACCGCACCAAAUCGCACGAAUCGAAGUCGUCUGCUAACGGGAUAAGCGUCAAUAUUCUAUCCCAUCUUGAAAACUCACGGUGUAGUGUAAGAAAAAUUUCAGAGAAAAAUUAUCCAGAAAAUCAACAAUCAGCAAACAUGUUUCAGUUCGGUUUCAACAUGUUCCCAGAGAUUCCACGGCCCUUCAACACCCAAUACAAGUGCUUCUCGGUGUCGAUGCUGCCUGGCACUUAUCGUCAAGAUGUAGAGCGUGGCGGCAAAAUAAUCAUGCCACCGUCUGCUUUGGAGCAACUGACCAGACUCAACAUCAUAUAUCCGAUGCUGUUUAAACUGACUAAUAGGAAAACAAACAGGAUCACACACUGUGGCGUACUAGAAUUUGUAGCUGAUGAGGGCAAAGUUUAUUUACCCUAUUGGAUGAUGCACAAUCUUUUACUAGAGGAGGGUGAACUAUUGAAUGUAGAGAGUGUAUCGCUUCCAGUGGCGACAUUCUCGCGCUUCCAACCACAGUCAGAGGACUUCCUAGACAUCACAAAUCCAAAGGCAGUGCUGGAGAAUGGGCUGCGUAGUUUUGCUUGCCUAACUACGGGUGACGUGAUCGCGAUCAAAUAUAAUCAAAAAAUUUAUGAGAUGUGUGUGCUGGAAACGCGUCCUGGCUUGGCAGUUAGCAUCAUUGAAUGUGACAUGAACGUGGAGUUUGCUCCACCAGUUGGCUACAAAGAACCUGAACGACAUAUCAAAAAGGAUGAAGAGCAGAUGGAAGAUUUAGCAAAUCUGAUGCCAGAACCAUCUGGCUUUGUACCAUUCAAAGGCGAGGGUGUCAGAUUAGAUGGUAAGAAGCGCAAAGAUUGGCCAAAACAAGAGAAAACAGUUUCGAAGCCGGCCUACAUUCGAGGAAUACCUGAUUAUGAUUAUCAGAUAGGUACACUUAGGUUUUUACGAAAUAUGAAGCCAGCAAAUAACAAAGAGAUGAAGGAUACCGACGAAUUUAAGGCCUUUACAGGCGAAGGAUUCUCCCUGAGGAAAUCGAAAAAAUAAUAGAAUAACGUACGAUUCUUUAUUUAUUUAAAUUUUUAUGUAAAUUUGCGAGCGCGUUCGUCGGAUUGAAUGAAUAAUUUUUGUAAAAAAGUGUUCUAUAAUGUGUUCCUAGUUUGUUAUAAAAAAUCUCAUAAAAAGACAAUUGACAUUUUAUAAUCAUUAACACUACCUA